AUGGCUCCCAAGUUCCGUAGCAGUGUCUGGGACCCGUUGCUGAUUUGCAGUCAGAUUGUCUGUAUGCAAUGUGUGUUCUACUUUUGCGCCAGCCUCUUUCUCACUUUUGAGAUGAUAUUCUCUCGGGCCUCUGGCAAGUGCAUUUUCGUUUCUUUCCUACUGACUGCACUCUGUUCCGGGCUUGGAAUCUGGCGCCUGGUACGGCGAACAAAACAAUGCUUGGAUUUCGCGUGCACAGUGCAUUUUUGGCAUCUGAUUUUUUGUAUACUUUUCACUCGUACUGUUCCCCGAUCCAUACUUUGGUGGGUUGCCAAUGUGUUUUCUGUUGUGAUCAGCACUGUUAUGGGUGAGAUACUGUGCAUGCGUAGUGAACUGAAAGUCAUUCCCUUGAGUUCUGCACGGGCGACGGGAUCGUCGUCCUCCUCGACAUCCACCACUGUAACUAAUCAGAUGAACUGA